CCCCCUGUUUACGGCACGCGUGUGUGACGCGCUUUAUGAGUAUGCUGGGCGCAGUGAGAGGAGGACUGAGAGCAGGUCAGGCGCUAGCUGUGGCACUCAGACGUUCACAUUCAGAGCAGUUUUGCAGCAUGUCGUCGUGUCAAACCGCACGCAGAGUCCCAGCCACGCUUCUGGGCUCCAUGGCGUUCGGGGGGCGCGCAGACGCGGACACGAGCGCCAAGAUGGUGAAGGUGUUUCUGGAGCGCGGGCACGAAGAGCUGGACACCGCGUUCAUGUACAAUGACGGGAACGCGGAGAUGAUCAUCGGGGCAAUGCAGCUUCCUCAGACAGUUCGAAUUGCCACCAAAGCGAACCCCUGGAACGGCAAGACGCUGAAGCCGGAGAGUGUGCGCUCUCAGCUGGAGACGUCGCUCAAGAGGCUGCGCAUUCAAAGCGUCAACAUCUUCUACUUGCACGCUCCAGACCACGAGAACCCCAUCCAGGACACGCUGAGGGCCUGCAAUGAGCUGCACAAAGAGGGAAAGUUUAAAGAGCUCGGCUUAUCAAACUACGCCUCGUGGGAAGUGGCUGAAAUCUGCCAGAUCUGCAGACACAACAGCUGGGUCCCUCCCACCGUCUACCAGGGCAUGUACAACGCUACCACGCGACAAGUGGAGACGGAACUGCUGCCGUGUCUGCGACACUUCGGCAUACGUUUCUACGCGUACAAUCCCCUGGCAGGAGGUCUGCUUACCGGGAAAUACCAUUAUGAGGAUAAAGAUGGAUCUCAGCCUGCAGGACGCUUCUUUGGAAACGAUUGGGCUGCUGUCUACAGAGACCGGUUUUGGAAGGAGAGCCAUUUCCACGCUAUAGACGGCGUCCUGAAGGCCCUCGAGGCAGCGUACGGUUCCGAGAAGCCGAGCUUAACCUCGGCCGCUAUACGCUGGAUGUAUCAUCACUCUCAGCUCAAGGCUGAGCACGGAGAUGGCAUGAUCAUCGGGAUGUCCACCAUGGAGCAGCUUCAGGAGAAUUUAGCAGCAGCUGAAGAAGGUCCUCUAAAGCAGGAAGUGGUGGAGGCCUUCAAGCGUGGCUGGGAUUUAGUGGCUCACGAGUGUCCUAACUACUUCCGCUAGACACACACUGGAAACGAGGAAAAACUGCAAACGCCUUUAAUUACUCCCGUAAAUGAAGAAGAGGAUCUACUAUAAUGUUAUUUCCCCCUAAAAUAUAUCGUAUAAAAAGUGUUAUAAUCUGUUCAGACUUGAGCUGAAAUGCCUUUGAUGCCAUUCAUGUUAAUAAUUCAAGCUAAACUUUGACUGUUUUGUAAUUUAGCACUUAUUUUUGAUAAUCUAAGGAUAAAGAUCACUGGUAAACAUGUAGCAUAUUAUUUUUAAAAAAUGACAGAACAUUUAAUCCCAUAUCAGCAUACCAAAAAUAAGCAAAUGACGUCGAUCUGAAAGUGGUAUAUUUUAUGAGAAGUCAUGUAGGAACAUUUGGAUCAUAAUGUCUGGAUCAUAAAUCACAUAAAACACACGUUGAAGAAAGAUUUGCACAAAUAUGUAUCCGGGUUUUGCAAGUUAAACUAACAAGUCCAUGUGGAAAGUC